ACCUGAACAACAAUACUGGGGUGGAAAGACAUUUAAACCUCGAAACUCCCAGGAACGCUUUCUCUAUCAUGCUGUAUUCACUUCUCGUUGGUUUGGCUAUUUUAUUGCCUCUUUUUUUUCGUUUUCGAUUCCCGUAUUUUAUUAAAGAAUGUAUGUAUGCACUUAAACUAAUUAACGUCGUGAGAUUAAUGACUAAAUUCAGGAGCCAAACGCCCUGUUACACGGUACUGGAAUGUUUUCAGGACGCCGCGAGGAAUCAUCCGGAUAAAUGCUUUAUUAUAUUUGAAGGAGAGUUUUAUUCUUACCGCGACGCCGACAGAAUCAGUAACAGAGUCGCGAACACGCUGAGGGAGAACGCGCAUGUGCAAACGGGUCAGAUCGUCGCGCUCUUUCACGGGAACGCGCCGCUGUACGUUUGGACUUGGCUCGCGCUCGCCAAACUGGGCUGCACGGUCGCGCUCCUGAACACGAACAUCAGGAGCAAAUCCCUAGUGCACUGCUGCAACUGUUGCAACGCUGCAGUCCUCAUCACUGAUGCAGAUUUGGCGCCGGCAGUGGCUGAAGUCCUUCCAUCUCUCCAUGAGCAGAACGUGUCUGUGUAUGUGCUGUCAGACAGCUGUGAGACAGAUGGGAUUGUGAAUCUGUCUGCUGAAGUCAUCUCUGCAUCUGAAGAGUCCCCACCCCUCAGCCUGAGAUAUGACAUCAGCAUCAAGAGCCCCGCCCUCUAUAUCUACACCUCCGGCACCACAGGUCUUCCUAAAGCUGCAGUAAUAAAUCACGAGAGAUUAUGGGCUGCAGCGUUCCUGCUGAGAAUGUUAGGUGUCACAUCCUGUGAUGUCAUCUACAUCUACCUGCCCCUGUAUCACAGCGCUGGCUUCCUCAUCGGCCUCUCAGGAGCAAUAGAGCGGGGGAUGACAGUGGUGCUGAGGAGGAAGUUCUCUGCUUCCCAGUUUUGGGAUGACUGCAGGAAACACAAGGUGACGGUCAUCCAGUACAUUGGAGAGAUCAUGCGAUACCUGUGCAACACACCUAAGAGAGACACAGAUCAUGAUCACAGUGUGCAGCUGGCAGUGGGCAACGGGAUUAGAUCGGACACGUGGACAGAGUUCAUGCAGCGAUUUGGGAACGUGCGGAUCUGCGAGUUAUAUGGAGCGACUGAGGGUAACAUCGGAUUCAUCAAUUAUCUCGGAAAAGUCGGUUCAAUCGGAAGAGUGAACACACUGCAUAAGAUGCUCUGCGCUUACACCUUCAUUAAAUUUGACCCUGAGACUGAAGAGCCGGUGCGAGAUCCUGCAGGAUUCUGUGUUGAAGUUCCUCCAGGUGAAACUGGGCUGCUAGUGGCAAAGAUCAGUAAAAUCGCUCCAUUUAACGGCUAUGCUAAUAACCCUCAACAGACGGAGAAGAAGAAACUGAAGAACGUGUUUCAGACAGGAGAUGUUUACUUCAACAGUGGAGAUCUCAUUCUAGCUGACCAUGACGGAUUCUUGUACUUCCAGGAUCGCAUUGGAGACACGUUCCGGUGGAAAGGAGAAAAUGUUGCAACAACUGAAGUGUCUGAAAUGUUGAUCAUGUUGGAUUUCAUUGAAGAAGCAAACGUCUACGGAGUUAAAUUACCAGGUCACGAGGGACGGAUCGGAAUGGCGGCUCUGAAACUCAAAGACGGGGCAGAGUUUGAUGGUUCUGUCACAUACGCUCACGUUAAGAACGUCCUACCUGCCUAUGCCAUACCGCGCUUCAUCAGAAUACAGAACACACUUGAAGUGACGGGAACUUUUAAACAGAUCAAGGGGCGGCUGGUGCAGGAGGGAUUCAACCCAAACAUCAUCCGGGAUGAACUUUUCUUCCUGGAAGACUCUGAACAGUCAUUUGUUCCCAUGACAGAAGAGAUUUUUAUGUUGAUCAGUGAAGGACAAAUGAGACUGUGACACAAAAACUCAAAACAUUUAUUUAGCUGACAAUUAAAUUGCUAAAGGCACAGAGAUGCUUAUUAAUGAUGAAUAUACACAUAUUAACACUUAAUAAAUCAUGGAUCCAUUUACACUUCCGGUCAACAGUGUGGCCACUCCUAGUUAUUUGUAUUAUACUAUUUUACACAUUUUAGAAUAAUAUUAAAUCAUCAAAACUAUUAAAGGGUUAGUUCACCCUCAUGCCAUCCCAGAUGUGUAUGACUUUCUUUCUUCUGCAGAACACAAAUUAAGGUUUUCAGAAGAAUAUUUCAGCUCUGUAGGUUCAUACAGUGCAAAUGAAUCUUAAAGAAAUGCUUAGGCUCAAUUUAUUUUUGCCUACAAAACAGAUUUCAGUAAGUUAAGCACAAGCCUUUAGAUGAAAGUGUUUAUAGGACCAUGAGGAACAUAAAUUCAGUCAAGUGUGUCCAAACAUUUAACAUGGAGUGUGUGUAUUUUUAUAAAUCAAUAACGAUACAAAUGGAUUGAAAGAUGAUGAUUCUGAGGAAAUUAUAUUUCAUAAAGGUAGAGACUGUUUGGGUUUUCAUGUGUGUUGAUUGUCAAUUUGGCUGGAAAAUAAUUUUGUGACAUCUGAACAAUCAAUCAAUCACUAAAUAACGUACUGGCAUUGUCUUUGUCGUCAGUGGAUCAGUGGUGUGACGUUCAAUGAAUUGGCAGCAUGAAAAUUGUCCUGCCUGUAUCCAAAUGCUCCGAGUCCUGUGGAAGUUUUGUCUUAAGGACUUACAGUAACUCUGUUCCAAAACCUUGUGAGUUGCCUACAUAGUUAGCAUUUUAAGGCAUCACAGUGCUCCAGACAUGAUGGCUGUCUCAAAAGGUAGGCAGCAAAAU